CCUCCCCAGGACAGUGGCCACCAUGUUCUCGAGUGUGAAGCCUUAUGAGGACCAGAACUACUUAGCCCUGAAGCGGGCCUGUCUGCGCAGGAAGGUGCUCUUCGAGGACCCCCUCUUCCCGGCCACUGAUGACUCCCUCUACUAUCAGGAUGCCCCAGGGCCCAAUGUCAGGUGGAAGAGGCCCAAGGAUAUCUGCAAGGACCCUCACCUCUUCGUGAAUGGCAUCAGCUCCCAUGACCUGCACCAGGGCCAAGUGGGCAACUGCUGGUUUGUGGCGGCCUGCUCUUCGCUUGCCUCCCGUGAAUCGCUAUGGCAAAAGGUCAUCCCAGACUGGAAGGAGCAGGAGUGGGACCCCGAGAAGCCCAACGCCUACGCAGGCAUCUUCCACUUCCACUUCUGGCGCUUUGGGGAGUGGGUGGAUGUAGUCAUUGAUGACCGGCUGCCCACGAUCAGCAACCAGCUCAUCUACUGCCACUCCAACUCCCAGAACGAGUUCUGGUGUGCCCUGGUAGAGAAGGCCUAUGCCAAGCUGGCGGGCUGUUACCAGGCUCUGGAUGGAGGCAACACAGCAGAUGCACUGGUAGACUUCACAGGUGGCGUUUCUGAGCCAAUCGACCUGACCGAGGGUGACUUCGCCAAUGACGAACCCAAGAGGAAUGAGCUCUUUGAACGCAUGUUGAAGGUGCAUAGCCGGGGAGGCCUCAUCAGUGCCUCCAUCAAGGCAGUGACGGCGGCCGACAUGGAGGCCCGCCUGUCAUGUGGCCUGGUGAAGGGCCACGCAUACGCCAUCACCGAUGUGCGCAAAAUGCGCCUGGGCCACGGCCUGCUGGCCUUCUUCAAGUCCGAGAAGCUGGACAUGAUCCGUCUGCGCAACCCUUGGGGCGAGCGGGAGUGGAACGGACCCUGGAGCGACACCUCAGAGGAGUGGCAGAAAGUGAGUAAGAGUGAGCGGGAGAAGAUGGGCAUGACUGUGCAGGACGAUGGCGAGUUCUGGAUGACCUUUGAGGAUGUGUGCCGAUACUUUACCGACAUCAUCAAGUGCCGUGUGAUCAACACAUCCUACCUGAGCAUCCACAAGACGUGGGAGGAGGUCCAGCUGCAUGGCACCUGGAUGAAGCACGAGGACCCACAGCUGAACCGCAGUGGGGGCUGCAUCAACUACAGGGACACCUUCCUCCAGAACCCACAGUACGUCUUUGAUAUCAAGAAGCCAGAGGAUGAGGUACUGAUCUGCAUCCAGCAGCAGCCGAAGCGGUCCACCCGCUGGGAGGGCAAGGGCGAGAACCUGGCCAUUGGCUUCGACAUCUACAAGGUGGAAGAGAACCGCCAAUACCGCAUGCACAGCCUGCAGCAUAAGGCCGCCAGCUCCAUCUACAUCAACUCGCGCAGCGUCUUCCUGCGUACUGACCAGCCUGAGGGCCGCUAUGUCAUCAUCCCCACCACCUUCGAACCAGGCCACACGGGCGACUUCCUGCUCCGUGUCUUCACUGAUAUGCCCUCCAACUGCCAGGAGCUACGCCUGGACAAGCCCCCCCACUCCUGCUGGACUUCCCUGUGUGGCUACCCUCAGCUGGUGACCCAGGUGCAUGUCCUGGAGGCUGAUGGCCUCAAGGACUCCCCAACAGGGGCUGACUCUUACGUGAUCAUCAAGUGUGAGGGGGAGAAAGUCCACUCCACUGUGCAGAAAGGCACCUCAAAGCCUAAGUAUGAUGUGAAAGGCGUCUUCUACCGCAAGAAGCCAGGCCAGCCCAUCACUGUCCAGAUCUGGAACCAGCGAUGCAUGAAAGAUGAGUUUCUGGGCCAGGUGCAACUGAAGGCUGACCCGGACGACCUCCAGGCUGUGCACACCCUUCCCCUCCGAGAUCGCAACAACCGGCAGCCCAGCAACCUGCCUGCCGCCGUUGCUGUGAGCAUCCUCAGUAGUGCCUCCCUUACAGCUGUCUGAUACCUGCCCACCUUCCUGCCCCAACAGUUCUCACCACCAUCUGCAUGUCCCCACCAGGCCAGUGACUAGCCUGGGAGCCCAGACACUGGGGUCUUUUCUCCAGCUCUUCCUCUGACUUGCUGUGUGACCUUGGGAGGUCUCUGCUUCUCAGUGUCCUAAGGGCUCCAAAGCCCUCCCUUCUCAUGGAGGAGUCUUCUUGCCUGAGAUUUAAAAUGGUCCUCACCACCCCAACUGUCACCUCUGCUAAGGGACUCUAUCCAUCGAAAACAUUUUCCCAAGCCCUGCUGCUGUCUGCCAACAGAGUGCCAAGAUGUCACUUGUUUACACACAAACUGCCAUGUCCCUGAGCCCCACUCUGGUCCCUUGUGUCCUGGGCCCACCCCAGUCUCCCAGGCCUUGCUUUUUCUCUGUCACCUACACCUGGUUUUCUAGCCACCUGGAACGGACUCUUGGCAGCCGCUUGGUUCCUGCUCAGGCUGGGAUUCGACAAACGUGCAGGUGACGUGUUUUCAUCCUCCAAAACUGUCUGCUUAUCCGUCCAUUGAUUCAUUCAACAGAGAUUUGCCAAAUGAAUAGAUGAUGCCUGUGAGGCCCCCGGUGGAGCUGAGUCUCUGCCCCUGCAGCUCUGGGAGACACAGGGCGGCUGUGGCCAUGCCUCUGCUCUCAGGUCCUCUC